GUGGAGCUGAGACAGUCAGAGCUGGCUGAGAGUGAACAAGAGAGGGGGUGAGAGAGGGAGCCCGGAGUCCGGGUGCUUCCUUGCUCACUCGCUCGCUCCCUGCCCCUGCCCGGGCUUGAGCUGCAGACGCAGGCGGGGAGAGGAGCGCCGGGCCGGCCGAGCCGAAUCGCGGGCGCGGAGCUAGCGGGGUCAGCUGGGGAGCGGAGCGGAGAGGGCGCGGAGCCGGCUGGGGAGCAAAGAAGGGCACAGAGACCUCUAAGGAGCGGAGAGAGCGUAGAACCGGCUGGGGAGAAGUCAGAGGCUGGAAAGCCGAGAAGGGCUCGGAGCCGGCCGGGGAGCACAGCGCUCCCCGGGAUAGGGACGGGGAGUGAACUUGACCGGACGAGUGGACCCUGGGAGAAGUGAGACCACUCAGAGGCAGCUCCCACUAGGGAAUGGUGUAUUAAAAGAGGAGGAAACAUGCUGUCUGUCACCCCAGUGCUCCUCUCCGUCCUGUUCUUGGCUCUUGGGCAUGGACUGUUCCCAGAAGGCUGCCCCAGACUGGAUUUUCCAGAUGAUAUGGAGAGCCAGGUGGUUGGUGCCUCCGUCACUUUGAGCUGCGUGGACAGGGUAUUGGAGAAUAAUGCUUCCAUUCACUGGAAACUGGGAGAUAAGCCCAUAGCCCCCCAGCUUGGCCGAAGGGAAAUGGUGGAAGGAAAGCUAGUCCUGAGGUCAGUGCAGCACAGUGACUCGGGAAACUACUCCUGCUACCUGGAUGGCCACAGAUUGAGGACCCUGUUUCUGCUACCGGUUGAUCCUCUUGAAGAACCUGUGUUGUCGUGCCAUCGGAAGAGUUUCUUUAGCAGCGUCCAGUGUGAAUGGAGCCCCCUGAAAAAACCAUCCCCACACACAAAAGCCAUCUUGUUGGUGACACAGGUCUAUCAGAAAGACAAGACUUUUCAGAGGCCGUGUCACUACUUGCCUGGAUCACAGAAGUUCUCCUGCUCCUUGAAUCUUAGGGAAGGCGAUGACUCCCUCUACUUGGCUAUCAUAUGUGUUACCAAUGGGGCUGUGAGGAAAUCCAGCAAAAUCUACCAGCUCAGUGGUUAUGAUACUCUGCAACCAGAUCCUCCAGCCGACAUCACAGUCACAGCUAUAGACAGAAGCCCCCGUAAGCUUAAAAUCACCUGGAAAGAUCCACCUUCCUGGAACUCCACUUUCUACCGGCUUCAUUUUGAGCUUCAUUAUCGGGUUGAGAACUCCACGACUUAUACAACCUUCAGGGAGAAGCAUCAUCAGUUGAUUAUCACCGAUGCCUUGAUUGGCAGAAAGCAUAUUGUGAAGAUCCGGGCCCGGGAGGAGUUUAAUAAUGGCAGGUGGAGUGAAUGGAGCAAGGAGGUCACGUGCACCCCGUGGACAGAAACCAAGACCUCUGAAGUUGGGAGAAAAUUAGUCAUCUCUACACAGGUGCCUACUACCUCAAAUAACUACAAUAAGAAGCACUCCCCAGCAGACCUUGAAAGCGUCUCUAACACUCAGUCAGUUCCUGGCUCUACUCAUUUAUCCUAUACAUUCCUACUAUCUGGUGGAAGUCUGCUCUUGGGAAUGGCUCUAUUCAUUGCUAUUAUCAUGAGGUACAGAAAAAAGUCGAAGCUGACAACUUUGAAAGAAGGAAAGCCAAACAUGCUCCCUCCACACUCUUUGGAUCAGGUCCCUGCGAAGCCCCAAUCAACCACGGUUUUGGUUCCCCUCAUCUCUCCAUCUGUGUCUGCCAGUAGCUCUGAGCCUACCAACAUCCCAGGGCACAGUGGAAAAGACAUUGCGAACCCCCAGAGUCUUUAUGACAUUACCAACAGAGAUUACUUUUUCCCAAGGUAGACCCCAAAUUUCAUGGAGCAUUUGGGCUUCAGGUAGGCUAAACUCCAUGGCUUGAAGAAGACUGAGUGGACUCGCAAGAAAGAAGCUUCUCAAUGUCAUUUCAGUCUACCUGCUGAUGGGCUGGUGCUUUUCCUGACUCAUUGCUCCAUUGGAAAAGCUGCCCUGGACCCCCUCAGAAAACCAGAAUGCUUUUUAGGUCCAAGAAGAGCUUCCUGCAGUGAGGAGACAGUCGGCUGGGAGCAAACGGACUGAUUUUCACCAAGCAAGAUGGGGAGGUGGGUGGGUUUCAAAACCACCAAGUCUCAUGAUACUCUGAGGAACUGGGCUGGUAAACUGUUCCAGAGAAAGCACCCUCACACACAAACAGCUAUGUUCCUCCCACAGGACAUAUAGGAGAAUGGGAAUUAGGAACUAUCUUGUUCCUAAAAACAACAGGACCAAAUGGAGAGAAAUUACUGGUGUUUUGGAUUCAAUCACCAACACUGCCAUGACCUCAAGGCCUAUCCCUCUGCUCAUUUGGACUUGAUAAUUUCUAGCACUUUCACUACCUUGUCACUUCCUAUGGGCAAGCUUACUUGCCCAAUACCCAUCUUUCACCGUCCUACCAAGAUUCUUGGAUAUCUAGAAGAGUUAUUGAAGAAAUUUAGCUCUUCAAGCCCUA